AUGAGCUCGGGACCUCUCUACCUCGGGUUCGACCUGUCGACCCAGCAGCUCAAAGGCAUCGUCAUCACGUCGGAUCUUCAGGUCGUUGCCGAGGCCAAGGUGGACUUUGACGGCGAUUUCAAGUCCAAGUAUGACAUUAGCAAGGGCGUCUACGUCGUCCCGGCGGAAAGCGAGGUCUACGCGCCCGUAGCGAUGUGGCUCGAGGCCCUCGACCUCGUGCUCGCGCGGCUCAAGGAGAAGAUCUCGCUCGGGGACAUCAAGGGCAUCAGCGGCUCGUGCCAGCAGCACGGCAGCGUGUACUGGGCCAGCGGCGCCGAGGCGAAGCUCGCGGCUCUGAGCGCGGACAGCGCGCUCGUCGACCAGCUCAAGGACUCGUUCUCGCACCCGUACGCUCCCAACUGGCAGGAUCACAGCACGAAUGCCGAGGUGGAGCAGUACAAUGCCAAGUUGGGUGACGCUGAUAGACUCGCGGACGCCACCGGAAGCGGCGCCCAUCAUCGUUUCACUGGACCCCAAAUCAUGCGACUCAAGCGCAAGUUCCCCGACAUGUACGCCAACACUGAACGUAUCGCGCUCGUAUCCUCCUUCCUCGCCUCCGUCCUGCUUGGAAACUACGCUCCCAUGGACAUCAGCGACGUAUGUGGCAUGAACCUCUGGGACAUCCCGAACGCCAAGUGGAACGAGUCCUUGCUCGAGCUUACGGCCGGCAAGGACGGCGCAGACGAGCUGCGAAAGAAGCUUGGCGAGGUGCGCCAGGACGGAGGCGGUAGCAUGGGCGCGAUCCACGGCUACUUUGUAGCCAAGUACGGCUUCAGCGCUGAUUGCCAGAUCGCGCCCUUCACCGGCGACAACCCGGCGACCAUUCUCGCCCUCCCCUCCGGCCCUUGGACGCGAUCGUCUCGCUCGGCACCUCGACGACUUUCCUCAUGA